AUGCCUGAGGAAGGUAAAAAUCUGCUCGAAUUCAAAAACUAUAAGAAUAAGGAAAUGGCACCAUUCAUUGUUUAUGCAGACUUGGAAAGCAUACUCGAGCGUACAGAUAACCCAAAGAAGCCGCAGCAUCACGUUCCAGCAGCUGUGGGAUAUUACCUCAAGUGUAGCUAUGAUGACUCUCUAUCAUUUUACCGUGCUCAUCGAGGUAUCGAUUGUAUGCAAUGGUUUGCUGAUGAGAUGAAUCAGCUUGCUGAGGAUGUGGCGACAGUGUUUUGGUGUCCUUAUGACAUAAAUAUGACAUUCGAUCAGGAAAUGGAGUUUAGAAAAGCCUCAAAUUGUCAUAUAUGUCAAAAACCGUUCACGCCUGAAGAUAAGAAAGUUCGAGACCAUAAUCACCUGAUACCAUGUGAUAAUUAUCGUGGCCCCGCGCAUGAAGGGUGCAACGUCAACUUCACGGACUCACACACCAUCCCUGUUGUCUUCCAUAAUCUUAGCGGUUAUGAUGCACACUUCAUUGUUAAAGAUAUCGCAACAAGAAUGGAUGGAAAGGUCGAUCUAUUACCUAUAACCAAAGAAAAAUAUAUCUCAUUUACGAAACAGAUAGCCGAUUUCAGAAUCAAUUUCCGUUUCAUCGAUAGUUUCCGGCUUAUGGGUUCUUCGCUCGAUAAACUAGCAUCAAAUCUUCCAGAAUUCCCAAAUUUGGAAUCCCAAUUCUCUGAUCUCACCCCUGAACAAUUCAAUCUUCUCACCGUCAAAGGAGUUAUGUCAUACGAUUACUUUGAUUCCUUCGAAAAAUUCGAAGAAACCAAUUUACCGUCCAUUGAUCAUUUCUUCAAUAAACUCGAUAACAAACCCUGCCCCCGAAGACGGUACAUAAGAGCACAAGAGGUAUGGAACAAACUGAAUAUCUCAAACUUAGGAGAAUAUGUCGACAUAUACAUGAAAACCGAUGUUCUUCUGCUGGCUGAUGUCUUUGAGAGGUUUAGAACCUGUAUCCUCGAGUCGCAUGGACUUGACCCUGCGCACUAUUACACAUUGCCAGGCUACACUUGGGAUUGUAUGCUUAAAUAUACCAAGCAACAACUAGAGUUACUCACCGAUCAAGACAUGUUUCUUUUUGUUGAGAGAGGUAUUCGAGGUGGUCUUAGUCAAGUUUGUUCGAAGAGAAGAGCUCACGCAAACAACAAAUACCUUCCAAACUACGAUUCGUCUAAACCCUCAACUUAUCAGAUGUACUAUGAUGUGAAUAAUCAGUAUGGAUGGGCAAUGAGUCAAUACUUGCCAUAUGGAGGUUUUGAAUGGACCGACACUAAUAUCGAUGUAAUGGACAUACCUGAUAAUGCCGAUGAGGGUUACAUUCUAGAAGUAGAUUUGGAGUAUCCUCAACACUUGCAUGACAAACAUCGAGAUAUUCCAUUUUGUCCGGAGCAUAUCAAUCCGAAAACCAUGAUGCCACCGACGAAACCUAGAGAAAUUUCGAAGCUGAUGGCUACUUUGAAACCCAAGGAGAAAUAUGUUAUACAUUAUAGAGCAUUGAAGCAGGCAUUAGCAAAUGGAUUGGUUUUGAAAAAAAUUCUUCGUGUGUUGAAAUUCAAGCAGAGUCCUUGGCUCAAAUCAUACAUCGACUUGAAUACAGAGCUCCGUAAGAAGGCUACCAAUGAGUUCGAAAAAAACCUGUACAAAUUGAUGAAUAAUGCAGUAUUCGGUAAAACUAUGGAAAACGUCCGCAAGAGGGUUAACAUCCACCUUCUAACCGAGUGGUGUGGAAGGUAUGGAGCAGAAGCGCAUAUUGCCAAACCCGAGUUCAAGUCUGCUGCAGUUUUCGAUGAAAACUUGGUAGCGGUUGAGCUUAAUAAGCUGCAAAUUUUUCUUAACAAGCCUAUAUAUGUAGGACAGGCUAUUUUGGAUUUAGCAAAGACUACCAUCUAUUCUUUCCACUAUGGGUAUAUGGCUGAGCGUUUCGGAGAGGACUGCACCGUUAUGUAUACUGAUACGGAUUCCCUCAUCUAUGAGCUGCGUCAGGACCCCUAUACAGUUAUGAAGGAGGAUUGCUUUACAUUUUUCGAUACCUCAGAUUAUCCCUCUGACAAUAUAUAUGGAAUACCCUGCGUCAACAAAAAAGUUCCCGGCCUUAUGAAGGAUGAGAACAAUGGUAUUCCGAUGACGGACUUUGUAGGUUUACGAGCCAAGUUGUAUUCGACUAAAAGGUUAACAACUGAAGCUAACAUAAUAAAACUGCAGCGGAAGUUAGAACUUGAUGAAUAUGAAGAGGACGAAAUUCGUAAUAUAAUCUCUAACUACGGCAUGACUAAAAAGGCAAAGGGAGUCAAGAAAUCUACCAUGAAUACCGAUAUCACCUUCCAAGACUACAUUGACUGCCUAGAGAACUCUAUGGUGAAAUGUGUGAAGCAGCAUCUCAUUAAAGCAGAUAAACAUCAGGUGUUCACGAUAGAACAGCAGAAAAAUGCUUUGAGUUCAAUGGAUGAUAAGCGCUACCUCAUACCAAACUCAGUUGAAACUCUACCAUGGGGACAUUAUUUAAUCGGCGAAGAUAUGAUGGAUACAACUUUGUAA